CAGCUCAGAUGACGCAGUGUGAGCUCUGGUGAAGAUGGCUCCUUUUCCAGACGAGGUGGAUGUUUUUACUGGCCCGCACUGGCGAAUGAAACAGCUCGUGGGUCUGUACUGCGAAAAGCUGUCAAAAACGAACUUCUCCAACAACAAUGAUUUCCGCUCCUUUCUUCAGUCUCUCUGUGCCACCUUCAAGGAGUUCAAGAUGCACGAACAAAUAGAGAACGAGUAUAUUAUUGGCCUGUUGCAGCAGCGCUGCUGCACCGCCUACAAUGUGCACGCUGACAACAAGCUGUCAGAGAUGCUGUCCUUAUUUGAAAAGGGCCUACAAAGCGUUAAGAGCGAAUACGAACAACUGAACUAUGCCCAGCAGCUGAAGGAGAGGCUCGAGGCGUUCACCCAGGACUUUCUGCCGCACAUGAAGGAGGAGGAGGAGGUGUUUCAGCCUAUGCUUAUGCAAUACUUCACCUAUGAAGAGCUGAAGGACAUCAAGAAACAGGUGAUAGCUCAGCACUGCAACCAACAACACUCAAACUGUGCUGCUGAGGUGCUGAAGGGCUUCAGGCUGUGGACCCAGGCAGAGGAGCUGCAAAAGGCCUUUAAAUAUGCAGAUCAUGAGAAAACUGAUUAUGACCUGGAAAAGAGCAGCGACUCUUCAGUCCACAUCUCCCAGCUUCCUACAGAAAUCCUGCUGAGGCUCUUCAGUUUCCUGGGCCCCAUGGAUCUGUGUCGCUGUAGUCAAGUGUGCAGCUCAUGGACAGAACUGGCCAAGACUGGUUCUUUGUGGAAGCACCUCUAUCCUGUGCGCUGGGCAAGAGGUGAUUUUUAUAAAGGCCCCCCUGGGAAUCUUGACCAAGAGCCAGAUGAGGACUGGGUAAAAAGUCGAGUGAACGAGGGUCGUGCCUUUCAGGAGUGGGAUGAGGACGCUGAUGUUGAUGAGUCAGAUGUUUCGGUUUGUACUGAAGGCUCACUUGCAAUUAGCACUGCUCAGCGAGAGAAGAGGCUCCUAAAUGGGAUUAUCCAGAACCUUCUUCCAGCGGUGGGUUCUUCUGUAAAGUCCAUCGUUCUUGCAUACAGCUCUACAGUCUCCAGUAAAAUGGUUCGUCAAAUGCUCAGCCUCUGCCGUAACAUUACUCAUUUGGACCUGACUCAGACAGAUGUUACAGACUUGGCAUUUGACAGCUGGUCACAUCUGGGAGCUUGUCGCUCUCUGGAGCACCUGGAUUUGUCGGGCUGUGAGAAGAUCAACGAUCACACCCUGAAGAAACUGUCUGUGGGGCUGGGUGACCUGACGUCCUCCACCAGCUCUGACAAACGCUCUGAGCGGCGAGCCAAGCUGCUCGAAAGCUCCCCCGUCCCCAUCCCGCUCAUGGACGAGAGGAACCUGCAUGCAGUCGGGCGGAAGCAGCAGGCCAUCAUUUUUAAGCACGGGACCACUCGCUGGGGCACCGCCUGCAUCCCGACGCACAUUUGGGUUUUGAACACGUCGGACCUCGCUGACAUUGAAGAUGCUGCGGACUGGAGCCACCGGGGAGGGCUGUCUUUCACCGACAGCUUUGCAGAGACGCAGCUUUUGGGAGACUCGUGCUGCUGCAGGAGGAGCGGAAGGCUCAGGACUGGAUCAGAUUCCUCCUACUUGCAUCAGCAGUUUGCUGUGUCUGGGGACAUGUUUUGUGGUCACUCCACCUGCUGCUCCAGCGACAAGGCCUUCAGGACUUUAACUGAUCCUCACAGCGAGUCAGGCGUCACCAGAAACAUCACUGCUGAAUUUCGGGCUAAGUGCUCAUCAGUGGGGCCGCAGUGUCUGGAGCCUGAGAACAGGACUGACUGCUCAAAGGCAAAACGAUCUUUGACAUUUCUCAGCCUCUCUGGAUGUUAUCAAAUCACCGAUUUGGGCUUGAGGGCUUUAUCUCAGCGUGGAGGGCUUCCUGUUCUGGAGCAUCUCAACUUGUCUGGAUGCCUCUUCAUCACUGAGGUGGGCCUGCAGGAGCUGGUGUCGACCUGUCCUUCCCUCAAUGACGAGCACUUCUAUUACUGCGACAACAUUAAUGGUCCUCACGCCGACACGGCCAGCGGCUGCCAGAACCUGCAGUGUGGUUUCAGAGCCUGCUGUCGCUCUGGAGAGUGACCCCGCCCAGCAGUUCUCCCUCUUCUUGCACUUUAUCCUGGGAAGACCAUUUGUUGUGUUUUUUGUCACCUAAAACUGUUUGAAACUGUAAUUUAGCUCCUGCUGUUUCCAUGUUUUCAUUUGGUGGGUAUAAUGCUCCUGAAAUAUAACUGGGUGAUGAUGGAUUAAACGUCUGUAAAUAAAAUCUCUGGUUGCAUUGUUGGCUUUGGGAAAUUAAAUUGAAGAUACAUUUUCCACCAAUAUGUUAGAUUUUCACAUGUCAGGCUGUCCUGGAGAUUGAAGCUGACUGAUCCCUGAUGUUGAUGGUUCUUAUUGAACUUAACCAGGUGGAGGAGACCCAUUUAAAGUCCUGAAUAAAAGCAGCACAGAAAUACAAAUUAUGACAUGUUGCUGUAUAGUCUAAAGAUUAGCUUCAGGUUUGUGAUCUGUAGUAUUUUAUCCCCAUAAGUUUUUUUUUUUGUUUCCUCUUGUCUUAUGCACUCCAGGGUUUAAAAAAAGAACUUGUGCAGUCGAACAUGGUCAGUCCUGAGACGUUAGGAGUGAGUUUGAGGAUCAAGUACUGCUUUGUUCACACAGUAAGAUUUAUUUUGUGGUACAGAAGUCUUGCACGAGCUUUAUUGAUAAUGUUGAACUCAUAAUAAAAGUGAACAGUUAAAACAC